CUCUCCAAAGGUGACGACAACAUUGGUUCUGAUAACGACCCUCUCAGUUCCACCGUUGGCUCUAGUGGAGAUGCAGGAAUGUCAUUGCGCCAAUGGGUAUCUUCGAACCACCACUCGAUUGCAUCGUCCAGGCCAACAUGGGAACUCCGGCGAAACCUAUAGACAUUGUUCUCGCCGCACCAUCAUCGAGCAUCGAAACAUUUCUCUGCAACCGCUCGAGGCUGUUCCAGUCAUCAACUGUCCUCUUCUCUCCGUUUCGCCGAGACCGAGGCAACCCUCGGUGACAAGUCAAAUACCUCCUUGUCCUCUCUACGCAAUCAAGCGUAUUUUGACACUGGAAGCUGUCUACGCGUUCUUCGGAGGUUCUCUCAUCCCAUCUUAUCUUUCCACGGUCGGGACUUGUGAAGUUGUGGUUGGGUUUGGAUACCGGACAGUUGAUACGAAGUUUCAGCGAGAUUGUCCUGCAGAUUCUUUGAAUCAGUGUUUGGAACGUUUUCGUGUCACUUGGUCGUCAUUUUGUUCUUACACCUUCACUCUAUUAAUAUGCACAUAUGGACAAAAGCAUCAUCUAGUAGUCAACAAUCGACAACAUUAUCGACGUCGGAUCAAGGACUCGAGAACACGGUUACGCCCUCUUUUCGAGUCUGUUUGUUCCUCCAGUUCCGCGGUGCACCGUGCCUCCCAGUCACGACCAGACCAUGAAGUAUGUGGCGUAAAAAGGUUGACCAGGAUUACGCGCCACAGAUUGAACUGCGUGAGUUCCAUGCGGAGCAUGUUAGAAUGCGAGCUCUUCCGUACGGCGGAACGAUUGCAGUAGGCCUCAUGAGGUAGUUGCCACUACGCACAUUGUCGUAUAAUUUGCGAUUUUUCCUUGUCGCUUCCUAAACAGCGGUAUCCAAGACUCGUUUUCCAAGGUUUCGAUUGAACUUGUUGAAUCAGUUUUGCACCUUUUCCCAACAUUCGCCAAUCCUUACACUUCCUCGAUGCCGUCCUUUAGUCAUGAACCGAGUGAUAUGACAGAGCAUAUCACAGGAAAAGUGCUGACUGCAAAUAUUAUUACACUUCUACCUCUCAUAAG